CCACCUUUGCUUAGAAACGGGAUCUCCGAUCGCAAGAUCUGACAUAUAACCGACCGAAUUCGACGACGAGCGCCACGAUAUCGAAUGGAAGUAUUGAAUAGGAAGUGAAGCGAAAAGAAGGGGAGAGAUUUCUAUUGUUGAAUUAUCUCAUCGUCGAAUUACUUAACUGGUGGUGUGGCUAAGGCCCUCGUACCCGCGCCCGUUGCGGUAGUUUGACGCCGAACCACUCCCCUCCGAUCCGGGUUUUCUCUACCCACCCACGGCCGGCUCGUAGCCUUUUCCUAUACCAUUUAAAUUGUUUAUCUAUCCAAUUAUACAAUGUCGACUUCGACUGGCGAGGGCUCUGGAGCCGCCGCCAAUAACUCUGGCUCCCCUGAUGCCGGCAAUAGCCCGACCGCCGAAACGAGUCCACCCCAAGGACAAAAUAAUGGCAAUAUUCCUAGGCCGAAGCGACUAGCGUGUAUGAUAUGUCGAAAACGCAAGCUUAGAUGCGACGGUGUCAAACCAAGUUGUAGUACAUGUACGAGGUUAGGGCAUGCUUGCGCAUAUGAUGAAGUGAGGCGAAAGAGCGGUCCCAAGAGAGGCUACGUGAAGGCUUUAGAGGAAAGGCUGAAACAAGUUGAGACGCUGUUGAAUAAGACUCAAGAGCCGGCAACCGGACCCGAAACGACCAAAACCUCCAACGUUACCUUCGAGCCACCGACUCGUAACCAGCAGAUUCCCGCGACUCCUAACUUCAACGUCACGAAUCCUUCUAUAGGCAUCGCAAGCGACCGCGAUAUGGAUCGGUGGCGCUUCAAUGCGGAGUCACCGCAACCUAAUGGUGGGAUGGAUGAUUUCAAUUUCAGCAGUACUAUACCGCUUCCCUCCAUGGGAAAUAUGGGCGGCAUGGACAAUACUUUCACAUGGGAGAUGAUCGGUUUGGGAUUGGAAGAACCUCUCCCGCCUCAAGAGACUAUCGACGAACUGCAUCAGAUUUACUUCGAUAAGAUUCAUCCAUCAUUGCCUAUGAUUCACAAAUUCCGAUAUCUAGCAGCAAUGAAUUUGGCGCCAAAUCAGAGACCCCCCAUCGCAUUACGAUAUGCGAUCUGGACCCAAGCCUGUGCUAUCACAGACAAGUAUAUGGACCUUAGAGAUCUCUUCUACCAACGCGCCCGUAAAUAUAUGGAAGCGGACUACAUCAAGGGCUAUGGAGAACACAUGAUAUCUGUGGCCCAUGCCCAAACCCAUGUAUUGUUGGCCUCGUACGAAUUCAAGAUGAUGUACUUCCCACGAGCCUGGAUGAGUACCGGCUCGUCCGUGCGUAUAUGUCAGAUGAUCGGUCUGCACAGACUUGACGGGACAGGCCUCGACGUGAAGCAAUGUCUUCCACCGCCUCGCGACUGGACCGAGCGAGAAGAGAGACGACGAACUUUCUGGAUGGCCUUCUGUGAAGACCGUUAUGCCAGUAUCGGAACAGGUUGGCCUAUGACAAUCGACGAGCGCGAUGUCAUGACCAAUCUUCCUGCUUCGGAAGAGGCAUUCGAAAUGAGUCGACCAGAGCAGACACAAUCCCUUGCCGAUUCGAUGUGUCCGGCCGGUGCCUCCAAACUCUCAUCUUUUGGAGGCAUCGUAUUGAUGGCAUGCUUGUUCGGCCGCAACCUCGUACAUCUCCACCGCCCAGAUGCCGAUGAUCGCGAUCAUGACCUCAACGGAGAAUUCUGGAAACGCCACCGAAAUAUGGAUAAUAUUCUGCUCAACACCUCCCUCUGUCUACCAAACCACCUGAAGCUUCCAGCCGGGCUCGCUAAUCCUAAUAUCGUAUUUACAAACAUGAAUAUCCAUACUUCAACAAUCUGCCUUCACCAAGCAGCUAUUUUCAAGGCCGAUAGAAACAAACUCCCGCCCUCUGUUAGCGCGGAAAGCAAAGUACGCUGUAUCACGGCAGCAAACGAAAUUGCGAGCAUCAUGAGAAUGGUGUCGCAUCUAGAUCUAAGCGCUAUGAAUCCGUUCAUAUCUUUCUGUUUAUACGUAGCGGCUCGAGUAUUUGUUCAAUACCUGAAGAGUCGCCCAGAUGAUAGUCAAACAGCUGACGCUCUACGAUUCAUCCUUGCUGCUAUGAACGCGUUAAAGAGGAAGAACCCAUUAACCGAAUCAUUCCUUGUACAAUUAGAUGUUGACUUGGAAGCACUGGGAACAAGGAUACCGAAGCUCAAAUCCGCAUUUCCAAGGAGCGCAGAUACCCCCGGCUCCGGUAUCAAGAUCCCGAAAUUACACCCCAAAACUGACGGUGCCCAUACGAAUUGCGAUGGCGAAGGCGGCGGCGGCGGCCUUCUUGCAUAUCGUAAUGCGAACAUAAGCGAUGAACCGCCGGCCGUCACAAAUCUCGGCCAAGCUGAAAACCAUGACUCCACACAUGGCUGGCUUAGGGAACAACAGCUGCCCACACGCGAGCGAAGUGCCGGUCCAGCAGAUCCUUGCGAUCGGGGAAUGAUCCCACCCAUCAUGUAUCCAGGCGGGUAUACAGAAGGUGGAGGAAGCGACUCGAACGACGUGAACGAGAUAUCCUCAAACACAGAUGGCCCAUCGAAUAGACCGACGCCAAAUUCGAGUAGUGGGUCAGAUAACCGCCAAAAUACGACAGGAAAUGGCCACAUGGCAAACUCUAGCAGAACGUCUUUCGAUACUAGUCCAAUGGCCUCUCAUCAAAAUCUAGGAACAACGCAAGCCGAUCUAGAUGCAGCAGCUUUCUUCCAGAUGAAUACUAGUACCGGUAUGACCCCUGGACAACCUUUUAUAGAAACGGCGGGCAAUGGCUAUACUGUUCCGCAUGAUUGGAGUGAAUCAAAUGGUAUGACACCAGUGGCGGAGGGAGUGCUUCAACAUCUAAUGGACAUGCGAAUGGAUUUAGGAUGGGAUACUGGUACUUGAGAUAUAUAGUGAUUUGGGCGAAGGUGAUGAUCUAAUCGAAAACUGGAUUCAUUCUUCAUGAAUUAAACGGGAGUAAGACGAAGGACAUAUAAGAUGAUGAUGGAUAUAUGGGAUUGGCUUGGGUACCAGGUUGGAUACUAGGUACCUAUUCAUGAUGAACUUGAUCUACAAGGGGGGCGUUUUUGGAAAGUCUCAAUACCGGAUUGGGUCUUGAUGGUAGGGAAAUACACUCACUUCGAUCUGUAUAGUAUAAACUAUUAUGAUAAAGGCCGUACGAAUUGUUUUGUAUUGUAUUACUAGGGAUAUAUGUCGGUGACGAUGAGAAUAUCACUUACAUCUACGCUCCUUAUUUUUAUGCUUUACUACUUACAUAAAAUACCUGGACACAUAAUUAAAUAUCCAAUGAAAUAAAUAAUUCACCC